GCGUAUAUCGCUAAGCGACCUAAGUUUGGUCAAUUGUAUUUAUAAUUUCAGGGCCCAGCGUUGACGUCUUUUUAGCCGUAGGUGAAAAGGAGAUCCUGGCAAGAUUCGGUUCGAAUUAUUACAUAAUUCACUUUUUUGGCCAAACGCUCUUAUUGGUAUUGCUGUGGGGCAAGUGCUCCCAUCCGUAUACGUUGCUCAGUACUGGACGUCACUAAUAUCGCGUGUUAGCUGAAAACAGUCAAACAAUAAGAUGUGCUCGAACUUACAAGUGAAGACGUCGCGAAUAAGUUGGUAUCACCGGGUGCAGUUUUGGCGAUCGUUCUAUUGGCCCUGAGGACGGCAGAUUUCUAAUCUCGGACCCGCUCAUCCUCCGCCAACGAAUCUGUCUGUCACUGAAGUGAAAUUCAGUCUCAGUCCGUGUGUGUCUGCGUGCAUUUGAAUAAAUAAAAGUCGAGGCAGGAUCUAAUAACAAGAUCAUCAGGAUGUGGUGGUCUGUUUUCUGGGUUUUUGCGUCUUUUUAUUGUUUUUUUGCAUCCAGUUGGGAAUUUCUCGGAGUCAGAAAUAUGGCUAAGCUGGAAUUGAAAAACAACGGGCCCGUGUACUACCUUAGCCCAAUAACCUUUUCAGCGAAACUAAUUACCGAUCUGCAGGACUAUCGAGAGUACCGCUAUAGUUUCAAAUCAGAACGGCCUGAAUUCAACUUCAAUAUCACCACUGGCAAACGAUUCGUUCAGAUUAACCACACGUUCAAUCAGGACACGAGAGAAAAAGUACAUGGCGUAUUUAAAUUACACGUCAAGGUUUCAUACACCAAUUUCUUUAUUCCAAGAACUGUCGCCGAGGCGACAAUGAACUUUUCGUUAUCAGACAGGAUUCCCGCUAACCUUAUAUUAGUUCAGAAUAGAACAACGCUCCACGUCGAUCCCGACCCGCAGGGCAAGACUCUUGUAAGUUCUGCCAUCAAUGUCAAUGCGUCGUGCGCCGUGAACGAUCCUGGCGGCUAUUUUGCUAGUCAGCGAAUGGACUUCAUUUAUUACUGGAAGUUGAACAGUGACAUGGGGAUCUAUAAUACAUCGCUAUUGCAUCGAUUCCCGUCGACACCGGGCAGAGAAUCGGAUUUUCUGCAAGUGUUCGUUACCGCAAAAUAUCCGAACGGGACAUAUGCGGCCGGUGGCGCUCUUAGUCAACAUAUCGUAGCUAUGAACCCGAUGUCAUACUUAAACAGUACAGGUGAUCUGUAUUUGCUUCGAGGUUCGAUAACAAAACUGAACUUCUCCUGUGACGCCAGUCCCCCAAUAUAUUAUUGCUUCGAUCCAGAAGAGGUCCCGUCUCCUGCCAAUAAAACUGACUUCAGUUGUGCGUCCCAAUGGCACCGUUUGGAGUCAUGCGAAUUCGGCGCUGUGCAUUACUUUGAUAAAGUCGGAGACCACGAGUUCAGGGUGAUCGUGUAUAACGAAGUAAACAAUUUUUUGCACGUGAAACCAUGGAAAAUGAUGUACAAAAUUCAUAUUUAUGACGUCGAGUCGAAGGGCUUAUUGCAGCUAUUCAUCGUUCCAAUAUCGUGCAUCAUAAUUGGAUUCGUUGUUAUCGUUGUCGGGAUUGCUUUCUAUAAGCACACAAAAGGGGACAUACGUGUUGAGGUUGCUGACUUUGACUUUGGCGGUACAUCAAGUUCGCUCGACCUCGACGACCCAAUUCAGGCUGCGAUGUUUGAUGAGCGGACAUUUUGGACGCAUCUCCGCGAUGAACUAGCGGAGAGUUCAAUAUUGUUUAGAUGGUUGUCGCGCCGACCCAAAUUUUUGACGACUCUCAGCCUAAUGGACGAUGAAAUUCUCGAUGACGAAGAUGUGUCAAAUAAAACAGUCGACCCAACGCUGCCGCCUGCCACCAGCAGUAGUAAUAAUAACAAUAGUACCAGCGGCUACAGUAGCAUUGAUAAUGCCGACGCCAAAUGAGAUGUAGCCACGCCAGCAGCAGUUUUAAAACCCUAGGUACCUUUUACACUGUGCUUCGAUACGAAGGAGUAUAUGGUUAGUCGACGUUGAAAAAAGGACGUAUAUCUGACAGAUAUUUCGCCCCUGUGUCGAGCCUUAGCCGGGACUUGUUUUUGGUGACGAGACUAUAGUGAUUAAAUUAUCUAUACAGAUUAUUAAUAUCCUGCCAGCAUUGCUACUUCGACUAUGAUACACACAAAUAUACGGGUGCUGCAAAGCAAACCGCCGCGUUUGUUUCGAACUGGAAGAAACAAGGAACAAUCCCAUACAUUAGAGUAUCACUUUCAAGGUGCCAUUUGCUAUUCGGCACAUGAUAAACGAUGCAGAAAGACUCGACAGAUUAAGCUGAACAGAAAGGAAAACGUCAAUGGGUGUGUAUGUACACAUGUCUGUGCAGAUGCGGGGAAAAAACAGCAUGACUGUGUUAAUCGGGGACGGGAUAAUUUGCGGCUGUUAAUGUACGAUAACGCGUCUAUACGAGUUGAAGAAAUGUUCCGGACUAGCUGAGUCAUCAUUACUAUAUUGAUGGCAUACAGAGUAGUGAGAUUCUAGCUACAACACAGACGACUUAGAAUUGAUUAGAAUGCAGACAUUCAACCAAAAUGACGCGUAAGAGAGCUCAUCUGAAGCAAGUUCAGAAUGAGCUGUGUAUAAAUAAUAUAUUUAGAUAUAUAUAUAUAUAUAUAUAUAUAUAUAUAUAUAUAUAUAUAUAUAUACAUACACGUGUGGGUAUGUGAUGAAAGGUAGCAAACAAGUCAGCAAUCAGAUUUACUUCAGCGGUCGAGGGAUUUAGAGGGAUUAGAGCACUGUCGACGGGAGAGAUAGAUUCGACAAGUCGUAAAAGUUAAUCGUGUGAUAAAUCAUUGCUUGGCUUCUGAUUGACGUUAACAACAAGAUCACGGCGGGCCGAGAGGCAGACGGGGAGUGGCAUACUUUCUGGCAUAACAAUAAAAACAAUACUACCGCAAUCGAUGUCAUGAUGGCUUCAGACCGAAAAACUAGCAUUCAAACGUCACUCGUAGUUGUAGCUUAUGAUUUUAUGUGACAAUCGAAAAAAAUUGACCCAGUUGAACAUUAAGUUUUCCGAAAAACAUAGCUCCUUAAAAGCCUUCAGAGCUGAAAGAAUGAAGAGCUAAGGAAAGCAGCGAACAAGAGUCCAGACAGUUUAAGAUAAAUUAACUAUAACUUACUAUGACCCUAAAAGUUUUCGUUGCUCAAAAUCGGAAAUUUUUUCAUUAUCGUAUAAACAGCCACAAUAAUCGUACGCGUAUAUCCAAAGGUAGGUCCAAAAAAAGUAUCAGCUAAACUUCAAGGCACAGUUAAACGUUAUUAACGACAACUAAGUGGUUCUUGGCUAUGUGAUUUCGCUAAUUAUUUCGUUUGGGCCUCCAUUCAACCCGAUCAAUACGCGAAAAAAUAUGCACAGCUGGACGCAUUGUAUAAGUGCAUUCAGUGCUAGUUGGUACAACUGUUUUUUUUGCUAAAUUUAUAACAAAAAAAAAAAAAAAAAACAAGAGGCGUCUCGUCGGGGGUCAUUUACCACACCUGCCAUACAAUAUCUGCUGUUUUCCGUGCAUCAUCAUACCGAUACUAUACUAUACUUAAUUGUUAUUAUUAUUAUCUGUCGGCCAACGUGUUUGCAUCCGUUCCUCUGUAACAUACAUGUAAAAUUCUUAUAGUAUAAAGAAGCAUAAGCAGUAGGCAUAAAAUAUAGCUUAUAACAAUAGUACUGUCAUCGAUUGCAGUAAUAGGCAAGAGAGAACGCUGGUAGGUUUGUCUGAAACAAGAUCGAGUUUAGUUAAGCGUGUAUUAGGUAAUGAGCGAUUAAUGCGGCAAUACGAAAAAAAAAAAAGAACUACUUCUUUUUUUUUUUUUUUUUUUUUUUUA